AUGGAAGCUUUUAAUUGGUUGGAUUAUUCUCCUAGAAGCGUAAACGUCAAAGUUGCGUUCGACUGGAACGUGCAAGCCAAUUUUCUUGAAACUGUAGAUGGGAAAGUCCCAGAUUUGUCAUCUGAAUUCUUUUCCUCAAAAGAAAUACCAAAUCAUCAAUGGAAAUUGAAACUUUCUGAUUUGGGAACCAAAAUAAGAAUCAGCCUGUUGGAUUACAUCAACACCAAAGGCAUUUUGGCAAAUAACGUCGACCCAUUUCAAGUCAAAAUCGCCAUCCUCAACAAAAAUGGAGAGAAGCUUUUCCAACGUGUCGUGUACUCGCACAUCCAUACCUUCGUCUACUUUGAUUUGUCGAAAGAAGAAAUUCUAAAUUCAAAUUGUAGGCAAGUCGAUGGCAGUCUCACCAUCAGUUGUGAGAAUGAAUGCAUGGUCUGGAAGCCUUUGUCUGAUGGCAUACCCGUACCUGUGGAUAUCAACUGCACCCAUCAACUGGCGGCUCAGCUCGAAGAAUUGUUUGAUGAUGUGUCGUUCAGUGACGUCAUUUUCAAAGUCAGCGGCAGCGAAUUUCCCGCACACAAAAUUGUUUUAGACGCAAGAAGCGAAGUCUUCAAAGCCAUGUUCCAACACCCUACCAAGGAGAAAUCGACCAAUCACGUCGAAAUAGAAGACACCGAACCGGAAAUAUUCAAGGAACUCCUACGAUUUAUUUACACGGGAUGUUUGACUGCUGAGACCAUGGAAAAAAUGGCGGUCGGGCUUUUGGCGGUGGCCGACAAGUAUUUGUUGACGGAACUGAAAGCUGCUUGUGAAAGGCAUUUGAUCAGAUUCAUGUCAAUUCAAAAUUGCCUCGAAUUACUUUUGCUGGAAGAAAAUGAUCACCACCCAGCGUAUGGAUUGCGGAAGGAGGCAAUUCUUUUUCUUCCGGUACCACUCAGCCGAAGUCAUAUCGACCGAUGGAUGGAAAAAGGCCAAACAAGAGAACAUGGCUCUACUUUUUGA